AUGGCUGCUCUCAGGAGAAAGCUAACUGUAGUCGGAGAUGACCGCUGUGGCAAGACAUGCCUCCUCUUCGCUCUGCGUCACGAACAGCUUCCAAAGUCCUACGAGCCAACUCUGUUUGACGCUUACACCACUGACACAGAGGUAGAUGGGAAAGAGAUGAAACUAAUUCUCUUUGAUGUGGCAGGGAAGAAUGAAUUCAGUUAUCGAAAUCUGCGCUCAGUGUUCUACAAGGACACCGACGUUAUUUUAAUGUGCUUCUCUGUGGACAGGCCUGACUCACAGCAAAACAUCCUUGAUUUUUGGGUUCCAGAAGUCAAACUGUUCUGCCCCACGGUACCUAUUAUUCUGGUGGCUACCAAGAUAGAACUAAGGGGUGAUGAAGGCAUUAAGAAGAAACUCACUACUGCAGGCAACGAGCCAAUUAACGCUACAGAAGGAAAAGCUUUAGCUGCCAGCAUUGGGGCAUAUGCUUACCUGGAGUGUUCUGCCAAGACAAAAGAAGGUGUUGAUACAGCCCUGGAGAUUAUUAGCCAAUGUGCAUUAAAUGAGAAAAGGAGGAGAAAGAGGCACUACAGGCGCUGCCAAAUUUUGUAA